CCGUUUCCUCCCCAUCGACUCCUGAGUAUGUAGCAAACUCCAUUUAAAAAAAAAAAACACAAACAAACCAAGAAAUAAGAAAUAGCAACAACGAAACAGUAACACAGCUUCUGUUGGUUUUUAAGGUUUUCAUCAGCUUUUUUUUUUAAAAGAAAGUGGCUUAAAGAGUUCUUCUCUCGCCGAGAAACAAAAUUGCCCUACCUAAUCGGCAUCGUUGCCAGCAGCGUUUGGAAUUUUGUUUUUUGUUUGGGCUUUUUUGGGGGGGGAGUUGCGUGUGUUUAAUUAUUAUUAAUUUUUGCAUGCAAAUAAUUGAAACCAGUAACUGGAGAGCACAGAUUUAUUUUUUUGGUUUUUUUGGUGGGGUGGAGGGAGUAAUGAAAAUCUGCCAGUUAUUUUGAAAUAACAGUUUGGGCAGUGGCACAAAAUAUUACAUAUAAACAGACACACACGCACACACACAGACACGUACACACAUAUAAAUAUAUAACAUUUCUAUUUUAACUUCAGCAAUUGCACUUUUAGGAGCUGGCCUCUAAUUUGAUUUUUUUCAAUUUAAUGCUGAUGAGAUUUCUAUUUUAUGAUUGGCUUUAUGUUUAACUCUUGUUUUAAACAAACAUCGUUGGAGAUCAAUGGAAACCUAAGUGCUGGCGAAUAGAAAUUUUUACCAAAGCAAAAAAAAACAAUUUUUGUGAUUUCUUCACAUUUUUUUAACUUGAAUUCCUCGGGCGUUUUUUUUUUUCUCUCUCUCUCUCUGCAAAAAGCAGCAGUUCGUUUCUUCUGAAGAAGGCUGCUGUUGCAGUUUCCUUUUCUUUCUUUCCUUUUCCCCCCUUCUUCCCGUUUUUUUUUCCCUUUUGAGGGGGAGAGUCUUUUAUUCUUUUUAAUAUGGCCGUGAACGUAUCCUUGGUCCGUGAUACAAAAUGGCUGACGCUAGAAGUGUGCAGGGAGUUCCAGAGGGGAACGUGCUCCCGUUCCGACACAGAGUGCAAGUUCGCUCACCCCUCGCGGAGUUGCCACGUGGAAAACGGGCGCGUGAUCGCUUGCUUUGACUCGCUCAAGGGCCGAUGCACUCGGGAAAACUGCAAAUACCUGCACCCCCCGCCGCACUUAAAGACGCAACUCGAAAUCAACGGGCGCAACAACCUGAUUCAGCAAAAGACGGCUGCCGCCAUGUUUGCCCAACAGAUGCAGUUCAUGCUACCAGGAGCACAGUUGCAGCCCAUUACGACGUUUCCGGUGACCCCUUCGCUUGCAAAUAACCCCACCAUGGCGUUUAGCCCAUACCUGAGUCACAUGUCUCCCGGAAUGGGCUUAGUCCCUGCAGAGCUGUUACCAAAUACGCCGGUUCUGGUCUCCGCGAACCCAGCUGUUUCAGUACCAGGAGGUUCUGCUGGGCAGAAACUGAUGAGGACAGAUAAACUAGAGGUUUGCCGAGAGUUUCAGCGUGGAAACUGCACGCGCGGUGAGAACGAUUGCCGUUACGCUCACCCGAUCGACGUGGCUAUGAUCGACACCAACGAGAACACGGUCACGGUUUGCAUGGAUUACAUCAAAGGGCGAUGCUCCCGGGAGAAAUGCAAGUACUUUCACCCCCCUGCUCACUUGCAAGCCAAAAUCAAAGCAGCUCAACACCAGGUGAAUCAGACUGCGGCAGCCGCCAUGACUCAGCCAGCUGUCCGAUCGCCGAAGCGACCCCUCGAGGCAACCUUUGACCUGGCGUUGCCACCUGGUGCCCUUCAACCUUUACCAAAGAGGCCAGCACUUGAAAAAAACAAUGGUGCCACCACAGUCUUUAACCCCAGUAUGUUCCACUAUCAACAGACCUUGGCAAACAUGCAGUUGCAACAGCCGACGUUCAUUCCUACAGGGUCUGUGCUCUGCAUGACUCCCACAGCAAGCGUUGUUCCCAUGAUGCACGGUGCUACGCCCACCACUGUUUCUGCAGCAACAACACCGGCCACCAGCGUCCCUUUCACCGCAGCUCCUUCCGCCAAUCAGAUAUCCCAGUUAUCAGUCGAUGACUUGAACAGCAGCAUGUUUGUUUCACAAAUGUAGAAGCAAGCAACGGAACUCAAACCAUGUUGAAAUUCUGAAUUUGAAAUCACGGACUUUUCUGUCUUGGUGGAAAGCUACAGCCGGGCUCACUGUAUGUAUACGGCCAUCCUUUCCUCCUCUCCGAGAUCUACAGUAAGCCUGUUGCGGCUGACGUGUUAACCAAAAACUGAUCCAUGGGAAUGUCGAAACAAUUUUUUUUAAAAGCACUAUAGAAAAACAAUUAACAAAACAAUGCUCUGUAUACAAGACAUAGAAGUAGAGGACUAUACUAGUAGACUUUUAUAACACCGUAACUUUAACACACUUUUAAGAAAAGCAUUUUUUCCCCCCUGAGUACCAUCAAGAGAAAGUGCUUCGGCGCAACGGACUUCAUUGACUUAUUGUUCUCUUGUUGACGGAUAAAUGUUGGUCUGUUUUUCAAAGUGUUAUCUUACUGUUUUGUUUACAUCCUAGUCUAUACUGAUUUGUUUCAAAGGGGGGGAAAAAGAAAGAGCUGUAUACCAUUAUCAAGCAUAUUCAACACCAUUUGUUUUCAUUAUCAUAAUGUCUUACAUUUUCUUAUCUUAUGGUUCUGUUGGGUUUCUCUUCUCUUCUUAUUUUAUUUUUUU